GUACCUCUUCGAAUGCCGAAAUUGUGGUACCAGACUAUUUGUGUUUUUGCUGUGUUGAAAAACGAAAAACGUGAAUCAACGUUACAAAUACAAUGGAUGUUGUUGAAUUACUCUCCUUCCAGCCUGACAAGCCAAACCUGAAACGCAAGAGGGGAGCUGAAAACAACAUAAACAAUGAUGACGAAGAUGGCAACAGAGCGUCACUACCCACAAAGAUGAAGGGAUGGGAGGGGAAGGCGGAGUCAGCAACACCAGAGGGAGGAAUGACAGAUGAGGAGCGGGAGAGAAUCCUCCAAAUGGUGGAGCAAGAACCGGAGAUGCCAAGCUUAGAUGAUGCCGGCCUUCGCAAGUUGAUCCUUUCCUUUGAGAAGAAAGUGCACAGAAACCAAGAAAUGAGAAUCAAAUACCCUGACAGUCCUGAAAAAUUCAUGGAAUCAGAAGUAGAACUGAACGACACCAUUCAAGAACUUCACGUCAUCGCCACUAAUCCAGACAUGUACCACCACCUGGUUGAGCUGAACACUAUCAAAUCCCUGAUGCAGCUGGUGUCGCACGAGAACACAGACAUCUCCAUCGCGGUCAUCGACCUGCUCCAUGAGCUGACGGAUGUGGACACACUGAAUGAGAGUGAGGAUAGUGCUGGCGCCCUCGUUGAUGCACUGCUUGAUGAGCAGAUUGUUGCAACUUUGGUACAGAACAUGGACAGAUUGGACGACAGCGUGAAAGAGGAAUCAGAGGGGAUCCACAACACACUAGGUAUCAUUGAGAAUAUGACCGAGUUCCGGCCAGAGAUGUGUGGGGAGGCCGCCCAGCAGAACCUGAUGCAAUGGCUGCUCAAGAGACUCAAACCUAAGGUUCCCUUUGAAGCCAAUAAGCUGUACUGUAGCGAGAUACUAGCAAUACUACUACAAGACACAGAAGAAAACAGAGAGUUACUGGGUGAGUUGGACGGCAUCGAUACACUCCUGCAACAGCUUGCUGUGUACAAGAGACAUGAUCCAUCCAGCACAGAAGAGAACGAGAUGAUGGAGAACAUGUUCAACUGUCUGUGCUCGGCGCUCAUGUUGCCUAGCAACAAGGGGCGGUUCCUGCGGGGCGAGGGGGUGCAGCUUAUGAACCUCAUGCUCAGAGAAAAGAAGUUGUCACGCCACAGCGCCUUAAAGGUUUUGGAUCAUGCCAUGACAGGGCCAGAGGGAACCGAGAACUGCACCAAGUUCAUUGACAUCCUGGGACUACGCAGUCUGUUCCCGCUCUUCAUGAAGACCCCCAAGAUUAGGAAGAAAAGCUCCAGUCCGCAGGAACAUGAAGAACACAUCUGCUCCAUCAUGGCCGCUUUGCUGAAGAACUGUACCAGUACCCACAGACAGAGACUCAUCAACAAGUUCACGGAAAAUGACCACAUCAAAGUGGACAGGUUGAUGGAGCUUCACUUCAGCUAUCUGAACAGGGUACAAGUCUGUGACGACAGGAUAGAGAGAGAAAAGCAGAGAAGGGUCCGCGAGGGCGACAUCAUCGACGAUGACCAAGAGGACGAGUACUACCUCCGGCGUCUGGAGGCGGGUCUCUUCACCUUACAGCUGGUGGACUACAUCAUCCUGGACCUGAGCUGUAGCUCGGGGAUGCCCACUGUCAAACAGAGGGUCUUGCAGCUACUCAACAUGCACGGGGGAACCAUCGCGGCCAUACGGAACACGGUCAGAGAAUAUGCCGGCAACAUCGGAGAUGAGAACAACCAAGACACAGCCUCAGCAGAGAGAGAAAAACUCAUGACAUUGGUGGAUAAAUUCUGAGAUCCACCCAUCAAACUUUCUUCAUUUUUCCUGACUUUAUCAGUCUUGGACUGACUUGAACCGUUUUUCAGCUUCAUCCAAAACCUGAGGCGCAACUCUCAAUGCAAAACUAUUGGGAACCCGCUAAAGACUUAUUAGCUUCAUGUGUAUGAUAUGAUGUUACCAUGUCGGAAAGCGUGCCCAUUAUGAGACAGUGUCUGGUUUUCGAAGUCAAACGGACACACAUUGAGCCAGAGUCCUCAUAGUCACCCGUCUAAAUCAGCUGGAUCCAAAGCUGUCGAUGAAGCCAUUGUUUCUGGAAAGGCCUGAACUUGGGGAUUUCUGUCGCUUGUUUCUGGCACCAAAUUUAAUGUUUUGAGACUUUUAACAUUGAAAGACUCACAGCACAUGACCAGACUAUAAUGAUAACUAUCCCAAACAAUAAUGAGAACUAUCCCAAACAAUGUUCCUGAAUGGUUUCCAGACUAUUGUCUUCUUACAGAGGUGUACUAGUACUUUGAACCAAGUGCAACAUUCAGAUUUUUGUUGUGGGAUUCACAUUGGUAGAACUUUGUCGUAAAGUUUUAUUUUUUUUGCGAUAACAAUAGCAUUUCGACCCCCCCCCCACUCGAAUCCGUGCCUGUAACUGCCUGCAUUUUGUUCUUUUUAUGCACCAGACAUCUCAUGUCCUAUAUACAUGUAUAAGCAUGUCUGUAAUAUUUGAAAAUUCCCUCCCAGUUUUUGAAAUAAAAAAUGGCUUGUCAGCAAUUUUUACAAAUAAUUUUCCUGAAGUCUGUGUUGCUUGGUGUUGCUUUGAGUGUUAUCUUGAACAAAAUCUAGGGAAUUAUCAAGUAAAUUCCCUUCACCCCUGCACCAAACACACUUGUCCCAGGUAUUCAUUAUUAUUUUGUCAAGUAUUUGUGUGCAUUUUUUUUGUUGAAAAAAUAUCAAUAACUACAUUACUUUGCUAUUAAACUUAACUGAAAUUG